GGGUAGUAUAUGUUUAGUAAUAUUGACAUAUUUGAGCGUUAGCAACCAUUACGUUGGGUAUGCAAUGACACUUUUUUAUCAUGCUGCUAACUGAUUUGAUUGGAAUAUUGGAUCGCUUCAGCAAAAGGACUGCUUUUCAGAUAACCCAACCAAUAACUAGGAAACAUUCAGCUAGUCCAGGUGAUCAAACAGUUUCAUCUGCUGCUACGCCCGCUAGAUUUCCUGACCACCUAUAUGUCAGAGCCAAAAUCCAAACACAACCAAAGGCCAGAAGGGUAGAUGUACUAUUUCAAUUAAGGUGUUGUGUUAUGAGUUCAACAAGGAAGAACGGGAAGCUUCCCUGGAGGAAGAGAAGAGGGGUCUUAGAAGAAAGGAAGAAGCUGAAAACGGAUGGGGUGAUAGGGACCACAUUGGACAUCCUAGACGGGGCGACAUCACUUGUGAGCAGCAGCAUAGAUGUUGGUGUUGAGGUAGUCAGUAGUGGCUGUGGAACCGUUGACAGCAGCACCUCAUCCCUCAACAUGGUGAAUCCACCUGUUCAAGAAAAUGGUGGCUCUAAGCACUUUAGAGAACCAAAUAUCUGUUAUGUCACACUACUAUGAUUUAUACAUUAUGUUCUGAUUUUUCAAGUGUGUUGGUUUGCUCUCCACCCAACAUUAUAUAAUAUUUGCUCAUCUUCCUGUAAAUUCUGAUUUUGUGUUUUUAAGUCUCUAAUGUCUCAUCUUAUUGAGGUGUUGUUUAUCAAGUGUAUUGAUCAUAAACUCAUCGCAAUAAAUUUGUAUAACUUGCUAGCUAAAAA